AUCACGGAAUUUAAUAUGAAGAUCGUCGCUUUAAUCGUCGCUGCGUUUGUGGCCCUUGCUGGUGCUUCCUGCCCGAAUGCCGGAUACUCGGCUCCUGGCUAUCCGGCUCCCGCCUGCCCCACCAACUACCUGUUUAGCUGCCAGCCCAACCUCGCCACCGUCCCUUGUGCCCAGGAGGCCCCUGCCUAUGGAUCCGCGGGCGCCUACACGGAGCAGGUUCCCUUCUACCUGGGAAAGCCCAACCAGGAGCAGCACCAGCGCUAUCACCAGAGGAUAGGAAUGGCGGCUCUCAUGGAGGAGCUGCGCGGCCUGGGCCAGGGGUUCCAGGGUCAGCAGUUCUAGAAGGAGGAUAUUCUAAGGACGACGGCUUUGAAAAUGAGACUUCUGUUUAUAAAACCCAUUGAUUAAACCAAUUUAAAAAAAA